GGGUGAGACCGGCCAUCGGUGGCACAGCUGCCUCCCUGAACCAGGAUGGCGCUUCCUUCAGGCAGGCGUGUGUAGCAGCGGGAUACAGCACCAGACAUGUGGCUCUUCCUUGGGAUCGCUGGAUUGCUGACGGCAGUGCUCUCAGGGCCCCCAUCUCCAGCCCCCUCUGGCCAGCGCAGAAACGGCAGCAGCACCCCAAAUGUUCCCUUGGACCCAGAGGAGCGGCUGGAGGUCCGCCUGGUGAACGGGAGCAGUCGCUGCAGCGGAUCUGUGGAGGUUCUACAAGGGGAUUCCUGGGAGCCUGUGUGCGCAGCGCACUGGGACGGCCUCAUCACUGACAUCGUGUGCCAGGCACUGCACUGCGGUGCCUCGGGGAAGCUUACCCACCUGACGCCACCUACCUCUGAGCUGCCAGCUGGGAACACCAGCAGGGCCGGGAACAUGACGUGGGUGCGGGCACCAACCGUCCAAUGCAGCGGAGCCAACUGGCAGCUCUGCAAGGUGGCAGACCACGAGUGUGACAGCAACAGGAGACUGGUGUGGCUCACCUGUGCAGAGAACCAGGCUGUGCGGUUAGUGGACGGUGGCAGCAGCUGCGCGGGCCGAGUGGAGAUGCUGGAACACGGUGAAUGGGGAACAGUGUGCGAUGACACGUGGGACCUGAAGGACGCACACGUGGUGUGCAAGCAGCUGAGGUGUGGCACGGCCGUGCAGGCUCUGGCUGGCUUGCACUUCACCCCAGGCCAAGGACCCAUCCACCGUGACCAGGUGAACUGCUCUGGGACCGAGUCCUACCUGUGGGAUUGCCCGGGGCUGCCUGGAGACCAGUACUGCGGUCACAAGGAGGACGCAGGAGUGGUGUGCUCAGAGCACCAGUCCUGGCGGCUGACUGGAGGUGCCGACUCCUGCGAAGGGCAGGUGGAGGUUCAGUUCCGAGGGGUCUGGAGCACCGUGUGUGACAGCGAGUGGUACCCGUCUGAGGCCAAGGUGCUCUGUCGGUCGUUGGGUUGCGGAUCAGAGGUGGAUCGGCCCAGGGGGCUGCCACACUCCCUGGAAGGUGUAAUGUACUACUCCUGUGAAGGAGAGGAACUCACCCUCAGCAACUGUUCCUGGCGGUUCAACAACUUCAACUUGUGCAGCCAGUCGUUGGCCGCCAGGGUCGUCUGCUCAGGCUCCCGGAGACAUCUCAAUCUGUCUACGUCUGAAGUGCCUUCCCAAGUUCCAGUCACCAUAGAAUCCUCUGUGCUGGUGAGGGUGAAGGAUAAGGACUCUCCAGAGCUGACACUCCUCAUUUCCUGUAUUAUCCUGGGAACUCUCCUCCUUGUCUCCCUCAUCUUCAUAGCUAUUCUUCUCUUGAGAGCCAAAGGACAAUAUGCCCUCCCUGUUUCAGUGAACCACCAGCAGCUGCCCACUGCCAUCCAAGCAGGGAUCAAUAACUACCACGCUGUCCCCAUCACCAUUCCCAAAGAAGCUCCUAUGCUGUUUAUCCAGCCCCAGGUCCCUGAGGACUCAGACUCCAGUUCCGAAUCUGAUUAUGAGCAUUAUGACUUCAGCUCCCAGCCACCUGUGGCCCUGACCACCUUCUACAAUUCCCAGAGGCACCGGGUCACAGAGGAGGAGGCCCAGCAGAACAGGUUUCGAAUGCCACCCCUGGAAGAAGGACUGGAAGAGUUGCACGUUUCCCACAUCCCAGCUGCGGACCCCAGACCCUGCGGGGCGGAUGUCCCCUCUCUGGGCUCUGAGUACCACAGGAGGAGCCACAGUGGUUCCAGCACCUCGUCUGAGGAGAGUUACUGCAAUGAUGCCAGCGGCAAGCCGCCUCCAUGGAACCCCCAGGUGUUUUCUUCUGAGAGAAGUCCCCCCAUGGAACAGCCCCCCAGCUUGGAACUGGCUGGCUCUCAGGCAAUGUUUGCAGCAGGGACCUCAGCCGAUGACAGCUCCAGCACCUCAUCCGGAGAAUGGUACCAGAACUUCCAGCCACCAUCCCACCAUCCUCCAGUGGAGCAGUUUGAAUGUCCAGGGCCUCCGGACCCCCAAGCAGAUUCCACUGAUGAGGACGAGGACUAUGAUGACAUCGGAGCAGCCUAGCCUGGCUCCCGGAGGCUCCUGGGUGACCCCUCCCUCUGCUCUCCUACUCUACCAUCCACAACUUUCUGAGAGGCUGA